AUGAUGGAAUCCGUCUCAUCCAAAUCGUCACCUUCACGUUCGUCGGCGCACGUUGCUCCUGCCUUUCCCACGCCUGGUACGGUUGCUCCGGCAACAGUCACCGUUGCUUCAGCACACUCAGCUUCACCUUUGCACUUUUCCGCUUCAGCGGUCAAUGCACUGAGCGCGCCCGCUGAGCAUUCUUCUUCAUCCAAAGCCACACCACCAGCUAUACCUCGGCCAGCUGGAUCAUCAUCAUCAUCAUCGGCAUCGGUAUUGUCACCGUCAACAACGUCGGUAGCAACACAAACGGCACCUUCAAUAUCAGCAGCCAACUCCAACACCAAGGUACUGCCAUACCUCUUUGACGAUGCACAGCUUGACGACGUCCUCGUUCUCGUCGUCGACAUGCUCGUCAGGCUCACUGAACACAACGAUUCGCUUCCACUCGACCCAUCUGCUCUUACGCGCUUCCACUCUCGCGCAACGCCCAACAUCUCGCUCUCGGCCUAUCUGCGCCGCAUUGCAAAGUACACCUCAAUCGAAAAGUGCUGUGUGCUCAUCUUGCUCGUCUACAUUGACCGCGUCUGCGAACGUUUGGAAGGCUUUACCAUCUGCGGCUUGACCGUGCAUCGCUUCAUCUGCGCUGCCAUCCUCUGCGCCUCCAAGGCGCUGUGCGAUGCAUUCAACACCAACGAGCACUACGCCAAAGUCGGAGGUAUCAGCUUGCAGGAGAUCAAUCUGCUCGAAAAGGAGUUCUUGCAGAUCAUUGACUGGAGGUUGAUCUGUGGAGGCGCUGAGCUGCAGCAUUACUAUGCCAGCUUGGUGAGAAAUCAUAAGGAUUAUGUGUUGGAUGAGCCCAAGCGUGCUGGACAGAAUUUACAGGAGCAGAAGCAGGAGCACGGCUUGGCGGCGAUGGAGCUCGAUGGUGCAGAAGCGAGCGCUGGCUCAGAUAUGAAUGGUCAUGAUGGGACGAGUGGCAAUACGGCUACCGAUGGUUCCAUCCGAGCAGGAGCAACAGCACAAGCAGCGAGCAGUCAGCACAGCUCACCUUUUCCGCUUCCCAUCAGCAGCAGCAAUAGCAACAGCAACACCAGCACCAGUGCUAGCCCCUUCACCACUUCCACUGCCACCAAUGGUAGCGGUCGAUCGCUGACAGGUGUGGCGACUAGCUCAGCAUCGGGUAGCAGCAGUGGCGAUAGUCAGAGAGGUGCAGCGGCGGGGUCAUCGUCGUCGAUUGUCACGAGUCCAACAUCGGCCAUGCAAGUCGAUGCCGAACCUUGGAUGACAUCGCAGGUGGCAGCACCAGCGAUGAUGAAUAGGAGAAGGAAAGACGAACAUCGAACGCCUCCUUCGCCGCUUGGCCAAUCACAGGUGCAUGCACCCCAAAACGGUGGAUCCAGCGUCAACGCGGUGCAAACCAAUGGUCAUGCCUCGUCUACGCAACAAGCUCAACAUUCUACAGUCAGUGCGAAUGCCGAUGCGUACAAACGGACGCGCUUCGAUCACCCUCCUCGCCAAUGA